UUCAAACAACGAUGUUAAUUAAUUUUUGAAAGACAUAUCCUGGGGACCUGCACCUACGGUUACGACUAUGUCUAAGUAUUAUAUGAAUGGUUACAAAUUUCACACUGAGGAAUGAUCCAAGUAUAAAAAAAGCAAUAACAGUGGGGUGUGUGUCAAAGGUGAUGAAGAAAACCAGGAUGGGAAAAAUGAUUAUUAUGGUAUGAUCAAAGAGAUUCUAGAAUUGUCAUAUUCAGGCUGGCCAAAUAAGAAGAUCAUACUUUUUCAAUGCAAGUGGUUUGACCCAACACCUAGAAGAGGUACAAAUGUACACCCGCAGUACAACAUAAUUGAGGUUAAUAAAAAGAGGGAGUAUGAUCACUAUGAUCCUUUUAUAAUUGCAGAAAGAGUUAGGCAAGUGUACUAUGCUCCAUAUCCAUUAUGGAGGGAUAAGGCUGAUUGGUUGGUUGUAAUAAAAACAAAGCCUGUUGGUAGGGUGGAAGUUGAGAAUGUGCUAGAUGUUGCUUACCAAAACGAUACCUCAAGUGUUAACCAAAUGGUGGAUGAUCAGUUAGAAAAUUACUUGGAGCACCCUCAACGCAUAUUAGAAGAAGUUGAUAUGGAGGAAAUAACAAUCAUAGAAAAUGAGGAUGAAAUAAGUGAAGAGGAAGGAUUUUCAGACGAGGAAGGAUACGUCGACAAAGACAACUAGCAUAUGGCCGGUAGGGGUCGAGGUAGGUCUAGGAAGGAUAAAAGGCCUAUUGAUCAUGAUGAUGGUGCUACACCCACGCUUCCUUCCACUCCACACUUGCAUCCCUCUGCUGCUGAUGGCCGGAAGCAAUCUUCUAGGCACAAAUCUAUUUCACCACAUCCAUCUACUCAUCAUACUACCCACCAUUCGCCCGCCCAGCAGUAUUAUCACCAUUCUCCGCCACAGGGCUAUACCCCGCUUCCUCCUCAUGAUCCUACCAGUACUAACAUGGGUGCAUCGAGUCACCAGUCACAGAGCCAUAUGGUACGCCCGUCAUCUGCUCCAUUUGCUUUAUCUCCAGCCGGAUCGCAUCCAUCUAGAUUUCAGCCGGCCGGAUCGCAACAGUGGUCUGGAUCGCAACAAGGGUCUAGAUCGAUGCAGGGGUGUGGAUUGCAGCCAUCUUCAUCAAGGACCCCGUCUCCCUCUCCACGGAGUUCGUCUCCUAGCAUUUCUAGACUUCGUCUUCGGGAUAGUAGCACUGAGCCAGAUGCCCCCCCUUCUGCGCACACUUCAGAUUCAUCGGAGGAUGAUGAUCCAGAUGAUGUGCGUUAUGCUCGUUAUCAUAGGAUCAUCAUCAGGCCUGAGGGUAAUGGGUUCAUUCCUAAUCAUCAGGUUACAAAGAUAAUCACUAAUAUUCUUGGCGGGUUGUAUAAUGCACCCUAUCCAACUUGGAGUGACUUUCCAGAGGAUCUUGUGCAACAGAUGUUCAACCAAUUUAAGACUAAGUGUGCCUGGAAGGACUGGUAUAACCGUGAAAUUUGUAAAAAUUGGGAGUACAAAUGCCGUAAGAGACUCUCUGAUUCCUUUAGCUCCGCUCGAAAGGUUAAAAAGAAGCCUUCAUGGGUUCUACCGGAUGUAUGGGUGGAUCUGCAAAGGUAUUGGGCCACCAAGAAAUUCGAGAAGCAGAGUGAACUGGGAAAGAAGGCCCGAGCAUCUGAGAAGGGUGGCUCCUUGCACUGUCUGGGUUCAAGGAGCAUGGGGGAUACGAGGAGACAAAUGGAAAAAAAUAUGGGAGGAAGAUGA